CAGACCCAGCCACAGCCCCAGCCACAGCUCCAGCCACAGCCCCAGCCACAGCCCCAGCCAAAGCCACAGCCCAAGCCCCAGCCACAGCCCAAGCCCCAGCCCCAGCCCCAGCCCCAGCCCCAGCCCCAGCCCCAGCCACAGACACAGCCCAAGCCACAGCCACAACCACAACCACAGCCACAAACCCAGCCACAGCCCAAGCCACAGCCCCAGCCAUAGCCACAGCCCCAGCCCAAGCCAUAGCCCCAGCCACAGCCCCAGCCACAGCCCAAGCCCCAGCCACAGCCCAAGCCCAAGCCACAGCCACAGCCCCAGCCACAGCCCCAGCCCCAGCCACAGCCACAGCCACAGCCCCAGCCGCCCGCCCCCCCCCCCCCCACCCCCCCCCCCCCCCCCCCCCCCCGCCCCCAGCCCCAGCCCCAGCCCCAGCCCCCGGAACGGCCAGCAGAUACACAGCCCCAGCCACAGCCCAAGCCCCAGCCACAGCCCAAGCCACAGCCCCAGCCACAGCCCAAGCCCAAGCCCAAGCCACAGCCCCAGCCCCAGCCCCAGCCCCAGCCACAGCCACAGCCACAGCCCAAGCCCAAGCCACAGCCCCAGCCCCAGCCCCAGCCCCAGCCCCAGCCCAAGCCCCCAGCCCCAGCCCCAGCCCAAGCCCGCCACAGCCCCAGCCCCAGCCCCCAGCCCCAGCCCCAGCCCAAGCCCAAGCCACAGCCACAGCCACAGCCCCAGCCCCAGCCACAGCCCAAGCCCCAGCCACAGCCACAGCCAAAGCCACAGCCCCAGCCACAGCCCCAGCCCCAGCCCCAGCCCCAGCCCCAGCCCCAGCCCCAGCCCCAGCCCAAGCCCCAGCCCCAGCCACAGCCCCAGCCACAGCCACAGCCACAGCCACAGCCACAGCCACAGCCACAGCCACAGCCACAGCCACAGCCCCAGCCACAGCCCAAGCCACAGCCAAAGACCCAGCCCCAGCCCCAGCCCCAGCCCCAGCCCCAGCCACAACCACAGCCACAGCCACAACCACAGCCACAGCCACAGCUCCAGCCACAGUCCCAGCCACAACCACAGCCACAGCCACAACCACAACCACAGCCACAGCAGAGAGGAUCAUCUUGA